AGGACAUGACACAAAGAGUGGAAAGUAUGACGCUGGAAGGAAAAGAUGCUGCUCUACAGCAGUUAAUGCAACAAAUGUUGCAUCAACAACAAAAAUUAGUAAAAAUGCAGCAACAGCUGCAUUUUUUAAUAAGUCAUGGUGCAACAACGCAGCAGCAGCAGCAGCAAAAUACAAAUAACACAGAAAACAUCCAACAAAAGCAGCAGCAGCCGGAGGAACAAACAAGUGAAAAAAGAAGAGGAGGCGGAAAGUCUCGCGCUCGCUGGUAUCACCAGCGAGGUGGAAGAAAUGAAUGGGGAGGCAGAGGUGGAUGGGGAGGCAGAGGUGGAUGGGGAGGCAGAGGUGGAUGGAGCAACAGAGGUAGAUGGGGUGGCAAAGGUGGAUGGGAUGGCAGAG